CAUACAAAUUGAUAAAAUAGUAAAUAAUUUCAUUUAGUAAAAUGUGCACUAGAAAAAGCUACCAAAGCUUGGAAGAUUCAAUAUAUGUGAAAAAAUUGGGAUUUGAGUUCUUUUCGAAGAAAGAUAUUGAAAGUAUAAAACAAAUUAAUUCCAUUCUUUUGAGAAAUGCCGAAUACGAUGUCGCAAAAAUUGUUCAAUUUGCAAAACAUGAAUUGCUCGGUAUCCUUGUAAUGACCGUAAGGGACAGUGCCAAUCAAUCAUCAAAAAUAAAUGAAGAUACUAAAAUCACGAUAUUGAAGAUAGUGUCUCUGACUUUAACUCAUAACACAUUAGAUAAUCACGAGUCACUUCUUUUCUUAAAUUUAUAUGGUAGUCUUCUCCAAGAAGUUUAUGAUCUUAAAACUGCCAAAUUGAAGGAUACUAGUGAAGAAUAUAUGUGGCAAGUUCUGAAUACUGUUAGGAUUUUGUUUGAUGCAGUAACUGAAGAACUUGGUUAUGGCUUAUACUGUAAAAAAAAUGGAAUGAGAAUGUGCAAGAUUAUAUAUGUUGUUGGGGAAAUCCUUAAAACAAGAUGUAGAAAAUUGAAAACUGAAGCAAUACAAUGUCUUAUGUCAAUGUUUAAAGUGAGUAUAGACUAUGACGUUGAAAAGUUGUUAAGGAACACCAAACUUGCACAAGCAAUAGCUGAUUGUUUCGCUUAUUUUUUACCUGGCAUAGCUUCGUCCCUAGGAAGUGUUAUUUUAGAAGGUGAAAGAGUUGGUCAGAACGUCUUAGAGUUAACUCUUGAGGCAGUGAGUAAAAUAAUGACUAUUUUAUUAAAAACUUAUGAUAAUAGAAUGGAUUCGCUGAAGGUGGCCAAGGCAAUUGUUUUGAGUCGCCUCAGUUAUUCUAAAACGCCAGAACAAUCAAGGUCAAAAGACAAGUUAGAAGAUUUUUUUGAAAUGAAGAGGUCUUUGGAAUGGUUUGAUACAUCUGAUAAACAUUUAGCACCGAUGUUCGCAAAAUUCAAAUAUUUAACCCAGUGUCAGUCUGAUCGAGUCAGAUUGAAAUUAGUAGAAAUGUGCUGUUGUUUACUUAAACACUGUUUCAAGAAUAUACCAAAGUCAUCAUAUCCACUUGUUGAAAUACUUAUCAUUAUGUCGGAUGAUGAAAGUGAGGAGAUCUCCAAGCUAUGCAAGAGUAUGUUCAACGUGCCGACCUUGAGUCAACAAGUAACCAAUAUAUUGUCUGAGAGAUUCCAUGAGAACUACUCUAAAAUACCGGCCAUUUUUAAUGGAAUAGAUACAAAGGAACAGAUCAAUACUCUGAAGCUAACAUCGGCGUCUAUAAGAAUAGUGGGAAACAAAAUCAAAUGCUACGAUUCUUUCAAGGAAUUUCAACGAACACUAUUGUACCUUUGCGAAGUGAAAAUCGACACUUCUACUUUCGCAGAGGUAAUUUCACACGAAGAUUUGGAUAGUGAUCAGCCAAUUUCGGUCGACUUAUGGAAAAAUUUCAAGUUCAUGAGAGAAGAAAAUGUGAGAUAUCAAUUUGGUGAACUGUGCAAAAUUAUAUAUGAAGCAGAUCUAUUUCCGGUUUUAUCAGAUUAUCUCAUUAAUAUCAUCACCUUUGAGGAGGAGAAGGUGGAAGCAUUCUAUUUGUUGAAUCAGCUUCUACAUGGCAUAAAUAGAUCCAAACCAAAUUCGGAGGAAAAUGUGAUGAACCUCAUCAGACCCGCAAUUCAAGUUUAUAUUAAUAAUUGGGACGUUCCGUUGAAAAUUGAUGAUGACGAGUGUGUAUCUUUGAAAAACUUGAGAACUAACAUUUUACAAGCAGGGCUGCUUUGUGAAGGAGUAGGGCUCAUGGCAUUCCAUGCCAAAGGAGUUGCAGAAUUCAGGCCAUUUCUGUUCAACUGCUUGUACAAAGUUCUGAUCAGAGCAGCAUCUAGUCAUAGCCAGAUACAAGCAGCCGCCACGAAGACCUUAAAGAACAUGGCCCGAAGCCUUGGUUACCGCAACGUCACUCAUAUGUUGAACGACAACAUGGACUUUUUCCUCUUCAACAUCGAACGAGGCCUUAAAAGGAAAGAUUACAAAGGAGAGGUAUUCGAUGUCAUGGAGAUGGUGAUGAAAUACGGCGACGUGUCCAUAUUGCAACAUUUCUCCGAUUUCGUAUACGAAGUUCUGGUCCAGUCCUUCGACAAGUUCAAGCAGAACAGGAUAGAUUCCUACCUCAGAGUGUUUAGGAUAUUCUUGAGGAGCCUCAUGAGGUGGUUCCAGAUAUCGGUCCCACCCAGAGUUUUCAGAACGAAGGCGCAAAAGAGGGAGGACGAGCUGUGCAAUUUCAAAAUUGGCGGUCUCGAUACUGACGAGGAGAUCAACGACUUUUCCGAUGAUAUCUUGGGUGGUAAAUCUGCGGAAGAGAUGUACAAGGAAGAUAUGGAGAGGAAGAAGACUGAAUUGGAAAAAGAAUACAUAGAACCCGAAGUGGAAAGUUACAAAAAACCAGAACCUCCUAUGCAUAUAAAAAUAACGAUGGAGAUAUUAAAAAGAAGCUUGAAUUUCUUGCCAUCAAAAGACGCCGAUAGAAAACUGCUAGUUUUGGAGAUCCUGAGAAACGGUAUUGAAAUAAUCAAGGACUUCGAAGACGAACUAUUGCCAAUCGUGCAUCUCAUUUGGUCCCCACUUAUUGGCAGGUUCAAGGAAGUAGAUUCUCCUGUCCUGCUUAAUCACAGUUUCCAUCUUUUGAUGACUCUGGGAAGAGCCUCGAAAGAUUUCAUACGGAACAGAACAGCUAAAGAUGUGUUACCAAGUGUUCUCUCGAUUUUAUCCACAUUCUCGAAGAAAAGUUACAUGAAAGAUAAAGGAUCAUCAUAUAGGUACUCCCUAGACUACAAAUUACAGUUCACUAUAUUAGAGAAUAUAGUAUAUCUAGUAACUGACAUUGAACUGUCAGAUAAAGAUAUUGAAGCCACCAUGGAUACCGUUUUCUUAUAUUUGAGUGAUAAGCAACCGAUACCCCUUCAGACUGAAGCUGUCAAGUUUUUCAAACUGGUUGUACAGUACGAUGCAGUGUUUCAAGAAAAAAUUAACACAUGGUUACUUACAGCAGAAAAAGAGUAUCAGAAAACUUUGAGUCUUAUUUUGACCCAGGAUAACACUUGUGAAAGUACCGGGCCUUACUCGGAAAAGAAACCCUUCAAGCUAAGAAAUCAAUCUCGUUGAGUGAAGAUAUCAUAGAAUGGAAGUCUGAAGUCAAAUAUCUGAGAAUAACCCUAGACGGCAAACUGACAAGUGUAGAUUCUGUGAGGAAGAGGAGGAAACUCCUGUUCACAAAGUUGUCUUGGACGGGAAAAUUAUAGGAGGAAUGAGGACUUACAACUGCUUGAAGCUUACUCAGAUAAUGUAGGUAGUUCAUUGAACUCUGGAGCUGAAGGGCGACUUGUAGAUGGCGCAGUUGUGGCAACAGCUCUGAUGGG